GUUUUAAUUGGGGGAGGGGGCAGAGAACAGGGGACGCUCCGACUUCUUCAGUCUGUCUCUUUCGUUCACUGAUUUAGCGGAGGUGGAGAUUUUCAAUUCCGCCCAGUCAGACGCAGGCAGGAGGAUCUUGGUAAGACUAUCCCAGGAAAAGGCACUCAGAAGAAAUUCUCCGAGGCGGCGGCGGCGCCAGCAGCCCCAGCAUGAGGUUUCUCUCUGCAGGUGAAAAAGUGAGAAGUAUCUCACUGAAAUACUGAAGAAAAAAGCGAAACCCUUGUCUCAUUGAAUUUGCUCACUGGGGACUCCAGGAUGGAAGCCUUGUGUUUAAGAGUUUCCUUCCUGCUGCUGGUCCCGGGAUUUGUACUCAGUGACAGCUCUGACAGAGAUGUUUCCAACAGGAGCGACUCAGGAAACCCCCUUUCCACCUUCUCAGGGAUGGAAUCCAGCAUUCUCCUCACCACCAUACAGCCCCCGGUGUCCAACCAAACUGUCAAAUGCUCCCAGCAGACUAAGAUUGCUGAAACUUUCAAAUACAUUAACACCGUGGUGUCCUGCGCUAUUUUCAUCAUUGGGAUGGUUGGGAAUGCAACUCUGCUGAGGAUCAUUUACCAGAACAAGUGUAUGAGGAACGGCCCCAACGCACUGAUAGCCAGCCUGGCACUGGGAGACCUUAUCUACAUUGUCAUUGAUAUCCCCAUCAUCGUGUACAAGCUCCUCGCUCAAAAGUGGCCUUUUGGAAAUACAGAAUUUGGACAGUUUCUUUGCAAAUUCCUUCCCUUUAUCCAGAAGGCAUCAGUGGGAAUCACAGUCCUUAACCUGUGUGCCCUUAGUGUGGACAGGUACAGAGCAGUGGCGUCCUGGAGCCGUGUUCAGGGGAUUGGAAUCCCAAUGAUCACUGCUAUUGAAAUUUUCUCCAUUUGGCUUCUGUCCUUCAUACUGGCCAUCCCAGAAGCAAUUGGCUUUGCUGUGGUACCUUUCAGAUACAAGGAUGCAAGUUAUGUUACCUGCAUGCUCAAACCUACAAACGAUUUCAUGUUGUUUUACAAAGAUGCAAAGGAUUGGUGGCUGUUUGGUUUCUAUUUCUGCAUGCCACUGGCAUGUACUGCCAUCUUUUAUACGCUAAUGACUUGUGAAAUGUUAAACAGAAGAAACAGCAACUUGAGAAUUGCUCUCAGUGAACACCUGAAGCAGCGCCGAGAAGUUGCCAAGACAGUUUUCUGUUUAGUUGUGAUUUUUGCUCUUUGCUGGUUCCCUCUCCAUCUGAGCCGGAUUUUGAAGAAAAUGGUAUACAAUGAAAAAGACCCCAGCAGAUGUGAACUGCUCAGUUUCUUGCUGCCCUUGGAUUACAUCAGCAUUAACCUGGCAACCAUGAACUCUUGCAUAAACCCCAUAGCUCUGUAUUUUGUGAGCAAGAAGUUUAAAAACUGUUUCCAGUCAUGUCUUUGCUGUUGCUGCUCCCAGUCUAAGAGUUUGGUGACUUCAGUGCCCAUGAAUGGAACAAGCAUUCAAUGGAAAAACCAAGAACUAAAUAAUCACAACACAGACCGAAGCAGCCAUAAAGACAGCAUAAACUGAAAAUUAAGGACUCUCACACCAUUUCAGAAUGAAACAGGAAAAGAAAGUCACUACAAAGCUAUUACAACAGGAAGCCCAGUGACUGUUCCAUUAAGAAUUGAGACAUGUGCACCAUUGUACCUAAUUCUAGAGGUGACUGAGUAGAUGGAGUGAGUGUAACUGUGAUGUUCUGUGAACUGAGAUCCACUGGAUGGUAAUUCUGCCUCUGUAAAGGAUAUUGAUGUGUCAUUAUGACACAAAAAAACUGGCUUGAACUACACAGGUGGUUUUGCUGUUCUGAAGCAGGCAGGAACUGUCCAGUGUACUGGUACAAUGCAAUCUUUUUACCUGAUUUAAGGUCACCUAGAAUUAAUCACUCUGGAACUUUUGAGAAGAUAUCAAAAUGGAAUCUAUCUGUGACUAUAUUUUCUCUCUGCCCAUUUGUCUUUUAAGUUCUAUUUCUGUGGUGGAUAAAGUCCACACACCAGUUUGUUUUGCAUGUUGUUGUUGUUGCUGUUUUUCAGGUUUGUGUUGGAAAAUGUUUUGGUCCACACCAGCAUUUUACUUACUUAUGUUACAAUGGAUCAGAACAUUAGCUGGGCAAUUCUUAUUUGUAGCACUUCAGUAUUCAAAUAUAGGAAGAGAUCAUUUAAACAGCAUCAACAUUUGGCACUUAAGCACAGAUUAAUACCAAAAAAAAAAAAAAAGAGGUAUUAAUAAUACAGUACUAUACUGUGUUAUUUAUUCUAAUUCUCUGUACAAAAUAAACAUAAUCUGUAUCAGCAAAAAGAAUGGAAGAUGCUCGGAGAUGGGCACUUUACAAUGUGUUUCUAUUAAUCUGACAUGUUAAUUCUUAAACUGUAUGAACCAUUUAAUCUAUUUAGACUAUAGCUGCAUUAAAUCUAAGUUGAAAUGAGGGUAGUGGAGCAUAGUGAAACAUUAUUAAAGCUGUCCACAGAUUUCUAAGAAAAUGGUAAUUAUCAGAGCAGCUAUGCACUCUAUUUUCACUUGUGAACAUGAAGUUAUAGUCAGAGUGAAUGUAGAAAUGUGGAAGUCCAUAACAGAUGUGCAGAAGGAUAUUUUGUGCCUUAUUUCUUACAGAAUAUUUCUCUGUCUUACACAACACUCAAAGAUUUUAAUGGGGUUUAGUAGGUUAUCAGCAUUGUUAACCAUUCAAAUGCUAUUAACAAUAUAUAGAAACUAUUGCUUGCAUAUAUGUAAACUGAUGAUUUCCUUAUUUUUUCCAUCCAUUAAGACUACAUGGCAAGAGAUUCCUGGUUUGCCUAUAAAAAAUUUUAAUAGGUAGCCUUUCAUUAAAUAGUGGAACUCAAUAGUGUGGUGUCAUAUAUAAUAUGUCUCAUGCACAAAUCUGUUAGGCAAUUUAUAGCAUCUUUUGUGCUAGGCUAAGAAGCAGUAAUCAAAAUUCCACAAAUUUUUAAACAUCCAUUUCAUUUCCAGUGAAAGAUGUAAUCCUGCAUAGUUUUAUUUAAGAGGUCAAAAUGCUACUGCCUACAGUGACUUCUGCUGCACAAGUUUCCCCAAUGUUUACAUUCACACAAAUCUUCUGAAGUAUAUUUAAAAAAAAGGUUCUUUAAAUUGGUUUGUGUAUUUUUUGUGUGCUUAUGUCUCUGUGAUAUAUAUGCGUGUAUAAAUACAUAUAAAUCUAUGUUCAUAUGUUAUAAACGUAAAUACAGUCCUCUGACAGUGCUCUGUGGUAGUGCCUAAGAGCAUGGUAUGGAAUGAGACAGCUGAAUUUUAAAGUAAAACAUUUCAUCCUCAAACUGUAUCAGAAAUCAUAGUAAAUGAGUGACAAUGCUCUCCUUUGAGAA